GGUAUUGCUCCGCUCCUCGCCUCGGUCUUACGUCGGUCGGACUUUGCGCAACGAUUGUUUACAAGCGCGCACGGUCCCCUCGUUUGUAUCGUAUCGCGAUACUAUAUACAGUGGCGUUUGUAAAUAAUAAUCGCGCACGCUCGCUCGUGUGUUGCUGUUGCAAUAUCCGCAUCCGCAGCGGCCGCCCGUCUCAUCAAUUCCCGCGUGAUACCGAGGGAUGUGCGCGUCGCGACGCGUCGUACCCCCCGUCGUACUCGUCGUCGCGUGCGUCGUAUACGACGCGGGCCCCGCCACAUAUAUCGUGUGUACACCACCGUGACCCACUUGUUGCGUCUAGGUUAUGGCGUUAUAAACAAAAAUAUGCUGCGCACAACAGACGCGUCCGUCUUCAGUCGCGUCGCGAGCCGUCGUUCGUCGUGAGGUUUGUCGCGCUAGCUGGCACCAGGGCAUGGAGGCUGGCCCGGGCCUGAGCCUGUUUCAGGGCUCCGAGAGCAUACAGCUGAAUACGGUAGCGCAAAGGCUCGAGGAAGACGAGGAACAGGAAGAUAAAAGGCGACGUGAAGGGGAGCUCCAGGCUCUCAUAACAACGGCGUUUGAUGAUUUGGAGAAUGAUGAUGAUGUCAGUUCUGUCGAUAGUAGUCACUAUCAAGAUGAUAGUAUCAGAGAUAUUGAUUGCACCAAUACAGUAGUCAACUCUGGCCUAGAGUCGGUUACACCUGCCAAAGGUCAGGUAGCGGUAAUGCAGAAGGAAUUUGAUGUUUAUAAUCGCAUGGAGAAUUUGAAUAAUUAUGAUGACGAUAUUAUAACGAAUCACAUAUCUGAUUCCGAAACCGGUGGGACUGUGCAAGCCGAUUUCGAUUUGUACAGACAAACGGGAACGCCGUACGUUAACAAUAAAUUCAAUGACAACAGCAAUAGCAAUAGCAUGCUGGAGACACCAUACGAAUUAUCAAAACCACCGACUGGAUAUUCUCGCAAGAUGCAUCCACAGUCGGUCAAGGAGGCCACCUUUGGCGAAAAUUAUCCCUACAAUUACGAAACACCAGCUAAUCAUUACAAUACUCAUAUAAUCAAGAAAUACUCCAACAAUGGUUUUAUCGAUGUGCAUGAAAAUAAUGUACAAAGUAAGCAGAUUCACGAGUUCGGCGGAGGCGACAAUGCUACCUCGGAUCACAUGAAUCAUUGCUAUAAGACUAGUCCAAAUGGCAGGUCAAUAGAUGACGAUGCAGCGUACAAAACGGCAGAGUAUAAUAGCAGGGAGCAACUCGAGGUACUGUAUAAGGUCAGAUUAAGGGAGAUCGACCGUUUGACGGAUGAGCUGCAACAAUUGCAAUCAGAAAAAGAAGAUGAGAAGAACCAAAUGACCAAGAAAUUAAUGCUGUUACAAGCAGAAAUCGACAAAAUUAAUAUCUCCAGGACUCAAGCGCAACGUGCACUUGUUGACGCUAAAGCUGAGAUAACUGACCUGCAAAUGCAAAUGGAGUCUCUAAAAGAGAAAAAUACAGUUUUGGAGAAGACAAAUCAAAACAUAACGGAAGAAUUGAAUAUUGCGAGAGACUCUGUCAUAGAUUUACAGCAGAAGAUUGCUAUACUGGAAAGAACACAGAUGUUGCAAGCGAAUGAUAAGACACAUGAAAAGUUUUUGAAACAGGCGCAAGAGAAACACACAGUGGAAAUGAAAAACAUGCAGACUCAGAUAGAUGUUCUUACAGAUAAAUUAAAUGUCAAGCUGCUCAAUAUGGACAACGGCAACAAUAGUAUUUGGGAGACGUCCUGUGUCGCUCUCGAACAUAAAUUGGAUAAUGCUCGAAGAGCGCACGAGGCUCUCAUGGUGGAAAAGGGUGACACCAUGAAUCGAUUGGCACAAGCAUUGGAAGAAAGUCAAGCCCAAUGCCGCAAUCUUAUGGCUACGAAUAGCGCUCAGCAAGUAAUGCAGUUACAAGCGCAAGUUAAAAUGUUGACUCAGGAAAAGGAAGAGCUGCAUAAAACUGUACAAGAAUUGCAGAACAAAUUGGAAGUGGUCAAGAGCGACAUAGCGCAAUACGAUUCGUUAUUGACCACAACCUUGGACGACGAAUCUGAUUCAAUUAGACAGAUGAAAUUAGGUGAACUUCAUAAUAAAUCGAAAUCGAAGCCGGUCGACGAUAUCACAAAUAAAUUAAGAGGCGAACUGCAAAGAUGUUUAGCUGGUCAAGCUGUAAAGAGAAAAGAAAUAAAUCGGUUAGAGAAUACUCUAUCACAGAAAGAAAAAGAGUUAAACAAAGCUGUAACGUUAGCUGAAACGUGUCGACAGGAAGCGGCGCGGUAUGCCAAGCGAAUUAACGAAUUGGAACAAGAACUGAAAUCUGUAUUAACAGACGAGGCCAUGAAAGCAAAUGCUAAGAUACAGAAACUGUCGGAUCAUUUAAACGAUGUAAGAAAACAGUACGAAUUAUUACGUAAUGAGAAAAUUAGCAUAGAACAAAAAUUAGAAGAGGCUUUAGCUGUUAACCAAGAGACACUUCAUAAAAUGCAUCAAGAAACUAUGGAACAACAAGAAAAAGAAACUAUUGAUGAAUAUAAUAAAGAAUACUUGGAGAUACAUGCUAAAGCCGUGGAGAGAGUGAAGCAAGAAGCACAAAUGGAAAUAGUACAAUUGUCCGUACAAUUAGAGCAAACGCAGAAAGAAUUAAGCCGGGUAAAAGAAUUAUACAUAGAUGUAUGUGGAACGAAGGAACAAUUAAUAAAUGAGCAUAAAAAUGAAAUCAAAACAUUAAAGAGUAAAUAUACUAUAAUUGAAUUGCAUCACAAGGAUGUAGAAAAAUUAGAGAACGAAUUGCAAACGCAGAUUAAACUGUGUAAUAAAUUGACUAAAGAAUGCGAAGAUUUCAAAAGCAAAAUAAUCGAGUUGGAAAAAGAUCUUGUAUAUGAAAGGAGAAAAAAGGAGGAUCAUAUGAAAAAGAUACAUUCUGAAAUAGAAAGAGCAAAAGAAGAAGCGUUAUAUGAACUAAGAAAUGCGCAUCCGAAUCAAGAAAUAAGUUUUCAUUUACCAGAUCAUUGCUCCGAACAUUUAGAAAAAAUUAAUCAGCUGGAGGAAGAUUGCAAGCGCUUGGAAGAGAAACUUCAAAUCGCAGUGCAGGAGCAGAAAAAAUUAUCUGAUUAUCAAAUUGAAUUGGACGAUGCCAGAUUGAAAAUAGCGCAAAUGGAGAUCUCGCAGGAAUCGUGGAAGAAGAAAUAUGAAAAAGUAGUCAAUGAGAGAAAGGAUCUUCUUGCAAAAAUCUCCAAAUUAAAUCUAGAAUUGUCGAAUCUAAAACGCACCGCGAAGUUCGAAGAUUCGGAUGAUGUGAAACUGAAGAUCGCUCGGUUUCAAACGGAGAACGAGACACUGAAAAUUCAGUGCGAUAAUCUACUUGGCGAAAGAAACACUUACAAGGAGAAAAUUUCUGAGCUGGAAACAGAGCUGUUCGAUACGAGGAAAAAAAUUAACAAUUUUGAGGAAAAAUUACGGAGAAGCGGUGACAUUACACUAAAUUCGAAAAGCGAAUUGGAGAAGGAGCUCUCUUGUUAUAAGGAUUUGGUUGCGCAAUUAUCUAGGAUAAAUAAUUCAAAGGAGGGACUUGUCAAUGACCCCGCGAUGCUGGAACAGAAAAUACAACAGCUUGAGCAGGAUUUACGAAGUAAGGAUGAAAAACUGAGCAGGCUACUGAAAGAUUUUGAGAAAAUUAAAGAUGAGAGAGAUCAGUUGGUAAUGAAAUUGCGAGAUCAAGCCAAGCAAUUCGAACAAUACGUCAAGAGCCAGAAUAAAGUCUCCGCGGAAUUGAAUCUGUCUCCUCGUAGCACGAGCGAUAGUACCGAUUUGCAGAAAAUGAAGGAGAUUAUGGCGAAAGAGGUACGAGAAGGGAUGGAACAGAAGGUGGCGAAGGAGCUUAGAGGAAUUGAGGAGCGGAAUUUCGAGAAAAGAAAGGAACUAGAGGAAAAAUACAAAACUAUCUUCUCGGAGUGGCAAACGAAAUACAACGAGAAGAAUCAAGAAGUGGCAACUCUGCAAAAGGAAAUAAUGGCGGAGAGACUAAAAGUCAAUCAGAUUAGUCAAAUUAUAAGAAGCAAACUGGAAACUUGCAAUCAAGAAUUGCAAGCACGAAAACUUCAAAUCGAAAAACUGGAAGCGAAUUUGAAGAAAAAGGAGAACGAAGUUGAAGAAGAUAGAAACUGGAUGGCUCAGAUGAUGACCGGAUGGGCCGCUGAGCUUAAAGAAAGUAAAGCCAAGGAGACUGAGAAGGAUGGGGAGAUAGAGAAGCUGAAAUCCAACGAAGAGAAAUUGAGCAGCGAAAUCAAAUUGUUGAAAGAUAAAGAGAAACACAUGAAGAGCGAUAUGGAUAUGUUAAAGCACAAAUAUCAGAGAGCAAAACAGACUGCGCACAAUUAUAAGAGUUACGCGGAGCAGAAUAGAGAGUUUUUGUCGAGUGAAUGCAAACGUAUCCAGGAGGGAUACAAAAAGGCCCUGAAUGAAGUACAACAAAACUUAUCGGCGUGCAACGAGAAGUACGCCGCAAAAGUCAAGGAACUUGAAUCAGUAACAACAGAGAAAAUAGAACAAAUGCGACUGGAGUACAAAAAUAAAUGUUGAAGUAUGUAUUAAGUAUUUUCUAAAUAUAUGCAAUAUAGCUUUUUUCCAGUUAAGAUAAUAUGUAGUAACAGAGGCUAGAUAUCUUUUUGUCUGUAAUGUAAAACACAUUAUUGGACAACACCUUAUUAGCAGAGUUUUACAGAGCUAGGGGGACCAAUAUAUACAUAUAAGUAAAAAUUGAUAUAAUAUCUCCCGGUAGAGUUAUUACCGCGUUUGCUUGCCAAUCUUCAUUCACGGAAGCGGCGAACGUUAAUUUUGUAGCUCUAUAGCUAUAAACAUCUGAAGUACAAUUAUCUGGUUAAUUGUCCAAGUACUGUAAUUGGAUAGUAACGUUUAUACAUAUUAUUAGUCGAUACGACAAACGUAAAAAUAGGAAGAAAUCAUUUUUACAUUAACCAAUAUA